AGGCGCGGCGGGCGGCGACGCGGCCUGUUCCGCUUCCGUCGUCCUCUUUCUCUCCAGCCGGGCGGCCGAGCGGUGCCUCAGACGCCACCAUGCAGAUCUUCGUGAAGACCCUCACGGGCAAGACCAUCACCCUCGAGGUGGAGCCCAGCGACACCAUCGAGAACGUCAAGGCCAAGAUCCAGGACAAGGAGGGCAUCCCCCCGGACCAGCAGCGUCUCAUCUUUGCCGGAAAGCAGCUGGAGGAUGGCCGCACUCUGUCGGACUACAACAUCCAGAAAGAGUCCACGCUGCACCUGGUGCUCCGCCUGCGGGGUGGCAUCAUCGAGCCGUCCCUGCGCCAGCUGGCCCAGAAGUACAACUGUGACAAGAUGAUCUGCCGCAAGUGCUACGCCCGCCUGCACCCCCGGGCCGUCAACUGCCGCAAGAAGAAGUGUGGCCACACCAACAACCUGCGCCCCAAGAAGAAGGUCAAAUAAGGCCCUCCGGGGUGCCCGCCCGCGCCCACGGCCUCAAUAAAGUUUCCUUUGGUUGACUUGAGCAGCAA